CUUGCACUGAAGAUUUCUUUAUUCUUUUCCGCAAAACUGUGCUCCGUCCUCUCUCUCUCUCUCUCUCUCCUCCCCCCCCCCCCCCCCUCUCUCUCUCUCUCGAUUUCAGUAAUUCGUCUUUGAAUUUCCGAUGGCCGGAAGAGGCAAAACCCUAGGAUCUGGGGCCGCCAAGAAGGCCACUUCCAGGAGCAGCAAGGCCGGCCUUCAGUUCCCUGUGGGCCGUAUCGCCCGGUUCUUGAAAGCCGGCAAAUACGCCGAGCGAGUGGGUGCCGGAGCUCCGGUUUACCUUGCUGCUGUGCUCGAAUAUCUCGCCGCUGAGGUCCUAGAGUUGGCCGGAAACGCUGCACGGGACAACAAGAAGACCCGUAUUGUUCCUCGACACAUUCAACUCGCCGUAAGGAACGACGAAGAACUCAGCAAGCUCCUGGGAGACGUGACAAUUGCAAACGGCGGUGUCAUGCCGAACAUCCACAACCUUCUGCUCCCCAAGAAGACUGGCUCAUCGAAGCCCUCUGCUGAUGACGAGAGCUAAGCUUGUGAAGAACAAACGCCGGUUGAGCUGAGUUCUUGAUUUCAAGUUAAGAGUCUUUAUCAGUACUUAGGUUUAGAGCUUAGAAGAAUCUACGUGGGUCAGUUAUAUUUUUCAUGGAAUGUUGCUUAGGGGUUGCUUAGCAAGUAAUGUGAAUAUCGAUCGGUAUUCUGUCUUAUUAACAGAUGCACUUACAUUGAUGAAUGAAUGUUAGAUGUGCCCUACUAUUUUGUUUC